CUAGUGCCAAGCGGAAACGAAUGCUGAAGGCAGCCACAGUGUUCAGCUCAAUGAUGUAGCUCAGCCUCAUUCAAAACUAUAGUAGAGAAGCCCGGCUGUCAUUGCAGGUUACUUCACUGUGGAGAUUCCGAGGGACCAUCUCUAGCUGUGUUGGCUUUUACUUGAGAUUUUGGUAUGCUGCUGGACGAGACUCCACUUUUUGAGCCCUCUCUGCUUCGGGAGCUAGACUGGAGCAGCAACACUGCCUCAUUCUCUCCCCCAAUCUCACCAUGCAGUCCAGGGGAAGGCCUGGUGCUGAGGCCACUCUGUAUGGCAGAUUUUAACAGAGGAUUUUUCAAGGUUUUAUCUCAGCUCACCAAGACAGGCGAUGUCACACCAGAGCAGUUCGCUAAGAAUUUUGAGCACAUGAAGAAGACUGGAGAUUACUAUGUCAUCGUGGUGGAGGAUACAAAUCUGAGUCAGAUCGUGGCCACGGCAACACUGAUCACUGAACACAAAUUCAUCCACUCCUGUGCCAAAAGAGGCCGGGUGGAGGAGGUUGUCGUCAGCGAUGUGUGCCGAGGGAAGCAGCUGGGCAAACUAUUAGUCUCGACGCUUACUCUUCUCAGCAAAAAACUGAAUUGCUAUAAAAUCACUCUUGAAUGUGCACCCAAAAACGUGGCUUUUUACCAGAAGUUUGGCUACUCUGCGUCAGAUGAGACCUACAUGCAGUGUCGAUUUUUUGACUGAGAACGGAAGUUUAAAAAAAACAACAAAAAUCUGUUUUGGGAAAAACGGACUGUAUCUUUGCACGCCCGGUGAUAAUCAGAACUUGCAGAAUGUCUUAAGAACUGGAGCUUCCCGUGGAUGAGGUUGCUGUUGUGUCACAGCUGAGUCAUCCAUGAACACUCAUCAUGAUUUCAGCACACUCGAGUAAACAUUUACGAAUGUUCAAGCUCAGUGCAACACAAUCCCUUGUCCUUUUGGUAACCGUGGCUACCUCACCAGGGUGGACCUGACAUCUCAUCAUCUAGAAAGGAAAAAAAAAAUACUAUUUUCGUUCUUUAAAUUGCUUAAAGUUUUACUUUUCCAUGUACCAGUGAAAGAACCAUUUAUAUAUGUGACUUCCAUGCAACUGUAAGUAAUUACAGCUAUGUGGGAGAUCAGGAUGAUACCAAAUGAAGUUAUAUUACUUAUUAUGUAAGUAAAACAAUCUACAGGUAACAGACAACUCUACAAGGUAACUUCAAAACCAAAUAUGCUUUAAGAAUUAAUUGUAGAUUGUGAUUGAACUGACAGACGGCUGCCAGAAAAGCUUUUUUUCUUUACUUAAACUUGUUUAGAACAAAAGACUUGUUUCACUUUUUUUUGUUUAAUCCUACUUGGUACAAGAUGCAGUGUCAUAUAGGUUAUGUGUAGCUGGAUAACUAAUCAAAUUUAAAUGACAAGAACUACGAUGAAGACUGUUAUAAAGUUUCACAUUAAGUGAGGAAAAAUAUUUUGAGGUACUGGUAAGUUGUUAACAUGCUAUUAAGUUUUGACUUAAGUUGCCAAAUGGGAUUAGCAUUUAAAGGUUUUUGUAAUGGGAAGUGGGUAAAAAUGAUUUUUCUAAAUUAACUCUUAUUUAAGCUUUUCUAGUUAAGUUUUAUAAUUAUUCUUUUAUCCUGGAGAGAGGGGGCACAUAUUUAAUGUAAUUUAUUUCAAAAUGUGUAGUCAAAUAAAAUCAUCUUUGGCCUAAGGUUGUUUCUGUUUUGUUUGUUUUUUUAUUUCUACAAAAAAGGCAGAUCCAUGUUUUAACUAAAGACUUGAUUUGAGAUAUUUGGAGUGUUUUCUUUUGGAGGUCAGGAUGGUGGUGGAAUUCAAAAACAUUGGUAUGCUUUGGUUGAGGUGGUGUCCGAUUCCCCAGUUACAUAUUGAAGUGUCUUUGGGCAAGAUGCUGAAAUUGGUUGUAGGUGUGGCACUGUCCCACUGUUAGUCCAGUGUUGGACUGGCAACCUGUCCAAAGAUGCAUUUCUCACCCAGUCAGCUGGGAUAAAUGAAAUCAGUUUAUAAAAAUGGGGAUU